GGGUUAAAUGCGAUGCUGUCGACUUGUUAAACUGGCUGAAUGAACAUCUGAUGCUUGUGAGGACCUGGAAACGUAUGUGGAGGCCGCACUGCGCACAAGCUUUCCUGUGGAUACCGACACAGAGGAGGGAAUUGGACAGGCAACACUGAAACCCAUUCAUAAGCAUGAGAUCCAUCCGGUCGUUUGCGAACGAUGACCGCCAUGUCAUGGCAAAACACUCCACUAUAUACCCAUCUCCAGAGGAGCUGGAAGCUGUCCAGAAUAUGGUAUCUACAGUGGAAUGUGCACUAAAGCAGGUCUCUGAUUGGAUGGACGAACACAGUAAAAGUGAGACCGUGGAGAAUGACCAACCAGAAAAGGAAGAAGACCACGAAGAAGAAGACGCAUCCAAGGAUGACAGUGGCCGGGUGCUUUGCGGAGUCAUGAGAAUUGGCCUGGUUACCAAAGGCUUACUCAUUAAAGAUGAUAUGGAUCUAGAACUGGUUCUCUUGUGUAAGGAAAAACCAACAGAGAGCUUGUUAGCCACGGUCAGAGAAAACCUUCCUCUGCAAAUUCAGAAACUCACAGAAGAGACCUAUCACGUGGAACAAUGCACAGAAGAUGCAUUAUUAAUCAUACAAAACUCAAAAGAGCCUAAAUUAACCUUAAAAGUGAUAUUGACGUCUCCGCUAUUCAGAGAAGAGGAAAACGGAUCAGGUGGAGAAGUGGAACAAUUUUAUCUAUUUCAGGCGAGAGCCAACGGAUUAAAAUCAUGUGUAAUUGUGCUGCGUAUUCUACGAGAUUUGUGCAACAGAGUUCCCACCUGGGCCCAGCUGAAAGGAUGGCCGUUAGAACUUAUAUGUGAAAAAUCAAUAGGGACUUGUAACAGGCCGCUGGGUGCCGGGGAAGCAUUACGGAGAGUCAUGGAGUGUCUGGCGUCGGGCAUCAUUCUGCCGGGAGGGCCGGGUCUGCACGAUCCAUGUGAGAGGGAACCUACAGAUGCACUGGCGUACAUGACCGUGAAAGAAAGAGAAGAGAUCACGCAAAGUGCACAGCAUGCACUGCGUUUGUUGGCCUUCGGACAGAUUUACAAGGUGUUGCAAAUGGACCCCCUGCCAUCAAAUAAACCCUUCCAAAAAUAUUCCUGGUCAAGCACAGACAGGGAAGGUAAGAGCCUACAAGGACUAAAGCGGCCAUACGACGAUGGUCCCUGUGAUGACAAGGACCCGAAUAAGAAAAUGAGGCGUAAUUUGCGCAAAAUUUUGGACAGCAAAGCCAUAGAUUCUAACCAGCCAAUGAAUGCACUGAUGCGACUAAACCAGAUUCGACCUGGCUUGCAAUACAAACUGCUGUCUCAAUCAGGUCCAGUACAUGCACCAGUUUUCACUAUGUCUGUUGAUGUAGAUGGAACCACACAUGAGGCCUCCGGACCAUCCAAGAAAACAGCCAAGCUUCAUGUAGCAGUAAAGGUUUUACAGGCCAUGGGAUACCCAACUGGUUUCGACACAGAUAUGGAGUGUCUCAGUUCAGAUGAGAAAUCAGACAAUGAAGGCAAGAACGAGACAGUGUCUUCAAAUUCCAGCAAUAACACGGGAAGCUCCAGUACGGACAGCUCCAACACACUGGAGGUCCGCACUCAGGGUCCUAUCCUUACCGCCAGUGGAAAAAACCCUGUUAUGGAACUGAAUGAAAAGAGGCGAGGCCUUAAGUACGAGUUGAUAUCAGAGAGUGGAGGAAGCCAUGACAAGCGGUUUGUAAUGGAGGUUGAGGUGGACGCGCAGAAGUUCCGGGGUGCCGGCCCAAACAAAAAGGUAGCGAAAGCCAGCGCAGCCCUCGCCGCCCUCGAGAAGCUGUUCUCCGGCCCGAAUGCUGCAAACAACAAGAAGAAAAAGAUUAUUCCACAGGCUAAAGGAGUGGUCAGCACAGCCGUAUCGGCAGCGGUUCAGGCAGCUCGAGGAAGAGGACGAGUGGCAUUGGCCCGAGGAGCAUUUGUGGGAGCGACUGCUGCCCCUGGAUACAUAACCCAAGGAUACGCCGCUCCAUAUGGGUACAGCGCCGCAGCCCCCGCAUACGGGAUCCCUAAGAGGAUGGUCCUCUUACCAGUUAUGAAAUUUCCAGCAUAUCCAGUUCCCCAUUACUCCUUUUUUUAACACGCGCAUCGGGCCGGACCGCUCGGGAACGUCAGAAAUGGAACUUAUUUUCUUUGUUGGCGGGAUUUCCUUUGUAAAGACCCUUUUUCCUACUUUUUUAUUUUAACACAAAAAAAAACUCAGAAAAAAGAAGAUUUAUUUAUUUAAAAA